CCACAGCAAAACCCCAUCGCAAUUUCUCCAGAAAUUUCAGUUCCUAGUUUUGGAUGAUAUUGCGUGGAAAUGCUUUCACGGCGGUCACGGGGUAGUUAAAGGUUUCCCCUUGCAUGCAUGUGGUUAAUACAGUCAAAUAAUCAGGCUGAGGAAGUGCAGCUGAGCAAACGUUACAGCUCUUUUCCUGUUUCUGCUGUUGAGGCAGCCGCCAAAAGCCAAAAAGAAGAGCGAGACGAGAAGUUUGACAGGAAAGUUGUUUUAUUUUAGACUCAUUUGUCAAGCAGAGGAACAAGAAACAAUGCUAAGCAUCAGGCUGGUUUACAUUUUCUCCUACAACCUGUUCCAGUUUUGCGGACACACGUGGAUUCUGACCAACACUGUGGUCCGGUUCCUCACCUUCGGACAAGAUGCGCUAGCAGACACGUUUCAUUCCAUCGGCUUGGUCAUGAGUCUGUGCCAGCUGCUCGCGGUCUUGGAGCUUUUCCACAUUGCCGACGGGAUCGAGAAGGCGCUGCUGCUGCCGCGUUUCAUCCAAGUUUUGGAGAAGAACCUCCUUCUUUUGGUCCUCAUCCUGGCAGAGGAAGUGCAGAGUAAACCGGUGGUGUGCUUGCAACUCUUCUUCUGGAACAUCUUGGACUUGCUGAGGUACCCCCAUGAAGUGAUGUGCGUGAUGGACACGCCAUCGUCUUGCAUGCUGUGGGUCCGUUACACUCUGUGGAUCCCCAUCUACGUCCUGUCCGUCAUCACAGAAGGGCUCACGAUAUCCCAAGCGACGCACUACCUAGAGCUGGAAGCAUCCCACGUGAGGAACGCGACAGCUUCAGCAUCCUCAAGCGGGAGCCCGCUAGCCCUUGUGAUUUUGUUGCCUCUCCUCGCUUUGGGCGGGACGCUCACAGUGUGGCAGUCGCUGAUAGAGAGAAGACAUCAGAUGGAGAGGUGGGCCAAGAAGAUCAAGAAGAAAUGAGGCAAAUAAAACACAGUAACAACAUCUUGUCGCAAAGUAAUUUAUUUGAAAUGAAAAUGUUCAGUCAGGAUGCAAAGGUUUGUCACGUUAGCCUGCGAUAGGAUCUCGGACAACUACCAGCCGUAC